AUGAUUUCGAGUAGUUUCAAAGGUCGGCACUAUAUAAAACAUGUCCUGCCUGCCGCCAGAAAGCCCACCGACAAAGACUUCGUCGUUCUUUGCUUGCUACUGGUGACGUUCCAAGGUCCUCUUCAAUACAACCACCGCUACCUUCCACGGCUUUGCCCUUCCCUACACGGCGUACGCUCUGCUCGAAUUGCGCCCGGCCCUGGCAAUCUCUCCGGUAUAAAACAUGUGAUCUCUGUCGCCAACGGAGACCCAGUCGUCGCCGACUCGCCACCGUGCCGGAAAGGCUCCCUUCUACGGAGUUUGCUGAUGGCGCUCAAGACGGCUUUUCUGCACCAAAUGUAUUCCCUGCAGGUGGGGCACGCCGCUCUUUACCGGCUCUGCGACCACAUGGCACGAGCCAAAGAGCCCUUCAACCACAGGCGCCACACGACGGUUUGGGCCAGGCCAUCAGCUUUUUGUGUAAUGAGUACGACCGUCAUGCUGUCGCUUCCCAAUCGUUCCCCCCCCGACGUAUCGUCCUCUGAUAUAAGGAAAUCCGUUUCCCGAUACGAGGAAGAGACUUCGACCGCAGCGAAAACAUCCGUGUGUAGUUCUUGCGGUAGGUUUGUUUUACACGCUGAUAUACACUACAUGGACCAUGAGGAUCCUUUGCUUCUUCCUCUGAAUGGUGUUCUCGACCACUGCGGUCGACAAGAGCGAUCCUGGACCCUAUGCACUUCCUGUCACAGAGCACUCGGUCGAGCAGCCAUCCCCAAGUUCUCCGCAAAAAAUCUGGUUAAUGUUACUCUCUGCCAGGGUUACCCAUCUGCGCUGGAGGGUCUCACCCUGACUGAAGAGUAUGCUAUCGCAAGAUGCCAUCCUCUGGGACUCAUUGUGAAGUUGCGUCCAGGCGGCCGCCUGUCCUCAAUUAGCCAUCGUGCCUUGCGAGGCCAUUUCAUUGUCAUCCCACAGGACCCAGGUCCGCUCCUUCAAAUCCUGCCAAGUGCGGAACUGAGAUUGGAAAACCUUAUCAAAGUAUUCUGGCUAGGAGAUCGUCCCCCGUCAGACACGGACCUAAGACCACAUCUAGUUAUUCGGAAACAAAGGGUUCUAGCGGCUUUGCAAUAUCUCGCUCGAUAUAAUCAUUUGUAUCGUGGAUUAACCAUUAAUCAACCGAUGAUGGAUGGUUGGAGCGAUGAAUUCAUCCCGCGAGAGCUACGGGAUAAUAUUAUCCGACUUGACGAACCAGACCACCAGGAACGUGAAGGAUACACGGUCAACCUGGCACAGGGUAAUUACGAGAAUGAUCUCCAAGCCGCUCAAGACGAAGCUGCACAGGAUCAAAGCCUCGAUUCUAAUGACGGUGGACACUUCCUGACUGGUUCUGUUUCCACUGACAUCAAUGGAGAACGCCAGAACCCCGACAUACGGGUGCUGGACACCUUACUCGAUGUGAUCACCAACGGAUCACGCCUAUCCGAACAAUGCGACUUAGAAAACCCCGACUCAACGGACAGCCGUUCUUUUCCCAGCCGGCAUAUUCCUGCAAUUUCUUAUAAAACCCAUGAUUACGUUGCAUUAAUGGAUCAUUGGUCGGAUCCUCAUUAUUAUACUGCCGCCUUCCCCACCCUCUUUCCACAGGGAGUCGGAGGCCAUCUGAACAAGCGUGUCAUUCCUGUGUCGCUGAGUUCUUUUGCUGAGUGGGCUUUGAAUCACCACAGUAGAAGGUUCCUUGUCAAGCGGCGGUAUUGGAGGUCUGCCGCAGAUGACAUCGCCUCCCUGACAGUGGACCAAUUGCAAAAAGCCGCGGAAGCCAUCGCCUCUGGCCAAAAUACCAAUGACCCUGUCAUUCAGCGCCUUCAACAACACAUUGUUACCGUUGGUAUGAAUGUUCCUGGAUCUUUCUCUCAGAAAUUAAGGAUGCGCUCUGAGAUUCGUGGAUUAAUCGUUCGGUAUGGAAUGCCUGCCUUUUGGAUCACCAUUAACCCCUCGGACCUACGGAAUCCCCUGGUUCUCACCCUGGCCGGUGUAGAGUGCCCUGGAAGUAUCUCUGCCAGAGCACUCGCUGCGACCCGUGAUACCGCAGCCACCUCCAACCCGGUGGCAGUUGCUGAAUUCUUUCACUGCGUCUGUGAAGCAGUCCUGCGGGGCCUGCUUGCAACUGGGACUGGUCAACUCGGAAUUCUUGGAGAUCUUUCAAAUCAUUAUGGUGUGGUUGAAACCAACGGUCGAGGUAUGCUGCACAUGCAUGCACUUCUGUGGCUCAGAGGUAAUCUUGCCUUCACCACUUUACGAAAUCGUGUUCUUAACGAUAGUGAGUUUGCCGCUCGCAUGAUUCGCUACCUCGAAGCGACCAUCAUUCAAAGCAUCGAUGACACUAUUCCGCAUGACCCGGAAGUCAACCUUCCCAGCACGCCACCUUCAGCCAAGGAGAUGGAAACAGACACUGAGUUCUUCCUCAGAUUGUGGUCCGACAGCAACUCCGUCGCAAAAACGACCCAGAUACAUUCCAAGCACCAUCUUUCAACCUGCUUCAAGUACCGCCAACGUGGUUCGGGCAAAGAUGCUUGUCGGUUCGGCAUGCCCCGCGAUCUGAUCCCCAUCUCCAAGGUGGACGACUUUGGCUUGAUUCAACUCGCGCGCAAUCAUCCCUGGACUAACCCGUGGAACCCCGCCAUUGCUAGCUGCGUCCGCUCUAACCAUGACAUCUCUUGGAUCCCGACAGUAUCCAAAUCUCUGUCUUUAAUCUACUACAUCACAAAUUACGCCACAAAAGAUGACGUAUCCCCGUGGCAGAUUGUCGCAAAGGCUGCCUUAUUAAAGCAGCGCAUUGAAAGGGCACAGGCGGCUGAAUCCCCAACAACAACAGACCUACGACUUCAAAAGACCGGAUUGGACAAUUUUGCGCUUCGCUGCUUCAAUACCCUCUCACAUGAUCGGGAAAUCAGUGGCGUCCAGGUGGCAAGCAUUCUACUCAACCUGCCAACUUACUACACCAUCAACUACAACUUCAAGCGCAUCAAUCUGUGGUGGCUAAGGCAAUAUAUGCGUCAUAUCAUCGAACCUACCAACGUUCGCAGUGAUAGCUCGUCUGCUUCUUUGGACGAAGAACCGUGCACCUAUGAAGCUGGCAGCACUGGCCCUAUCAGCAUCUUUGACAACUAUAGAUGGCGUGGGCCACAUCUUGCUUGCUUGACGCUCUUCGAAUAUUGUAUGCUCGUACGAACCAAGCAUGUUCGAGAUGCGAUUGUAGACGACGUCGACUUUGACUCGUCGCACCCUCAAAGCAAGACUCAUGUGCAACGCCUGGCUCGCACCUCAUCACAGAUCGCCACUGUCACAUUUAACGGACAGUUAACAGAGUUUCAAGCCUCCGAGGACGCCGUUCCUGGUGGCCAUCCUAAAAUGGUUGCAAGUAUGAAUGAUCUGGCGGAGAUAUUACUCGGGUUAUUUGUUCCCUGGGACCAUUUGCCCGCUCUUUUCCAGGAACAUGCCGUUGCGGUGCAGCCGAAGCGGGAUGCCUGUUCCCAAAUUUGGACAAUUGUUGAACCCACUCUCACGUCCUAUAAGCGAAAUUUUGCGGGAAAUAUUGAACUGUUGCGAAAGUCCAAGGAAGAUGGCGAGGCUGAUGCGAAGCUUCGACAGCCACCAGUUCGAGUUGAUAGCUUAUUCGACCGCGAUUCUAAUGAGCUUGAUAUAAGAAAUCUUGAUUCCGAAGCUGAUGAAUCCCUUGAGAAUCUGGCUGAAACUGUUAGCGCCGAGACUCUGAUCGCGGCCUAUCAAUCCAUCACUAAGUGCUGGGACCGGGAGGUGCUCGCCACUGAGCGACGCAUCCCUUCGUUGGCACACACGACACCUCGAAAUCGAGGGGGGCUGUUACAAAACCUUCUGCCGCUUAACAUCUUUGACAUCCCUGGGUAUGGAACCUCUGCCCUCCAUUUCUUCUCUCCAUCUACGUUACAACGAUGGAGUUCUCGACUCAAAGAACUUGCCAAGCUUGGUGACGAUGGGGUUGUGAAUAAUGACACAAUGGAACCGGUUUAUGAAAUGGAUGACUUCAGUUUGAAUAUAACUGAUGGCAUGUUGGAGCCUGCGCUCAAUGAACCAACAGCGAUUCCCACCCUGCCUGACCAGCGAUCCCUUGUUGACGACAAUUAUACACCUAACUCUUUAACUUCACUGGUCAAUGAAAGCAUCCCCUUGAACGCUAAGCAGCGGUUGGUCGUCGAAAGAGUCUUGAGCGAAGCACUUCACUGGGCUGACCAUCCUUACAACCCCUCAAAACGACAUCAGACGCUUCUUUAUGUUGGAGGUGAAGGGGGUGUGGGUAAGAGCCAAAUCAUCAAAGGCAUUUUAGCCGGAAUGGAUCUCCUCCGCCGCAGAGAAGAGGUGAUCAUCAUGGCUCCGACUGGCGCCGCGGCAGACAAUAUCGGCGGCAACACAUUCCACACGUCUCUGGGGAUUUCCGUUACUCGCACUCCUGGACAUGCUAUAACUUCUCGCGUGAGAAAACUCUGGUCCCGGAAGACAAUUAUGAUUACCGAUGAAGUCAGCAUGAUGGAUCUCAGUAUGCUUAGUGUGAUUAAUAACCACUGCAAGAUGGCGAGAUCCCUUGACCGGGGGUCACCCGACUUAUUCGGUGGUUUACCCAUGGUCAUCCUCAUGGGUGACUUUUUCCAGUUCCCACCUGUGCGAGGCCCAGCACUGUGGAAGGAACCCAGAAGGGGCAAUGCUGAGGACGAAAAUGGCCGGCUCAUAUGGCAUCAAUUCAGAGAUGUGAUCGUCUUGGACGAGCAGAUGAGGCAAUCUGAGGACCUUUCAUUUCGGACCCUCCUCCAUCGAGCGAGGACAUCAACUUUGACAGAAGAUGACCUGCACUUACUGAACUCCGGAGUCGUCACUUCCUUGGUGGCCCCUCAGCUAGACGGUACGACAACGAUAGUAAAGCUAAAUUCUCUUCGGCACCAGGUUAAUCGUAUUCGAAUGGAACAUUUUGCCGAGGCCCGCUCUCACAAAAUCUACGCCUUCCCUGCUCAUCACACACGGACCAAAUCCACUGGUCCAACCAACCUUCGCUUGUGUGUCGACGACUUGCUGCAGCAACCAGAUCAAGGCACCAUGGUUCCAUUCCCGGGAAUUUUUCUGUACACCCCAAACAUGCCUUCCGUCAUAUUGACCAAUAUUUGUACCCGAUUAGGACAGGUCAAUGGAGCGACUGGAAUAGCUGUCGGUAUUGUGGUUGAUCCAGCUGGUGAGUGA